AUGUCCUUCCUAGGCGGCGCCGAGUGCAGCACAGCCGGCAACCCUCUCUCGCAGUUCUCGAAGCUGGGCAGCGAUGAUAAGAGUUUGCAGCGCGAUCGCCUGGUUGGCAGAGGCCCGGCGAAUCUGCAGGGCAUGAGGAGUAAUGGGCUGGGGAUGAGUGGGAGUCAGGAUGCUAUGAUGAACGACUUCAUGCAACAGGGCCCCCAGAUGCCGGAAGCGUUCGCUAUGCAACACGAUUUACACCGAAAUCCUUAUAUGCGAACUGGCUCGAGUUCGCCUGGACUGGGGGGAUGGGCACAAGAGUUCAAUCCGGGUGUAGAGACGCAGGCAAGGAUGGAGGCUGCGUUCCAAGCUCCGAAAGGCACGGCGUUUAGUCCAGCGGAUUUUCAAAGGUUUCAGCAGAUGGGACCUGCUAUAAGGACAGAAAGUCCUAUGCAGAAUGGCUUCUCUUCGUAUCAGGCUCCGCAAAUGGGGAUGGGGAUGGGGAUGAUGGGCAGCGGCAUGGGAAUGGGACUGGGGAUGAUGAACCGCCCUCAAUUCCAACCACAGCAGAACUUCUCACAACAGCAAGAUGCCAAAGGAAAAGGCAAGAUGAUCGAGCUAGAUGACGAGCACUGGGAAGAGCAGUUCAAGCAGAUUGAUCUCGAGGCCAGAGAGCAAGACGAGGCAAUGGCCGGGGAAGCAGAGCUCAAUGAAAUGGACAGGUCAGUCCUCGAAUCCGAGACCAAUGAAUUUGGCGACUUUGAGUCGAUUUGGAAGGGCAUACAAGCUGAGACUGCCGCUGCCAGAGAACUAGUUUCCGAGGAGAACAUCGCGGAACAUAUGGGUGAUUUCGAUCAAUGGGAUGGUUUCGAUGAUCUUGGGGCUCAUCAAAGUCCCUUUCGGGAUCCGCAUUUAGGGGAGUAUAUGUUUGAAGAAGAUAACCUCUUCAAAGAUGUCUCGAAUCCGUUCGAAGAAGGCGUGCGAAUCAUGCACGAAGGAGGUAACUUGUCUCUCGCAGCCCUGGCUUUCGAAGCAGCAGUGCAAAAAGAUCCGCAACACAUCGACGCCUGGGUCCUUCUCGGAUCCGCACAAGCUCAAAACGAGAAAGAAAUCCCCGCCAUACGGGCACUAGAGCAAGCAGUAAACCUCGAUCCUAACAACCUAACCGCACUUAUGGGCCUCGCCGUCUCCUACACAAACGAAGGCUACGACUCCACCGCCUACCGAACCUUGGAGCGCUGGCUCUCCAUCAAAUACCCCACCAUAAUCUCCCCCACCGACCUCUCCUCUCCCUCCGACCUAGGCUUCACCGACCGGCACCUGCUACACGAAAAAGUAACCGACCUCUUCAUCCGCGCCGCGCAACUCAGUCCAGAUGGGGAGCACAUGGAUCCCGACGUGCAAGUCGGGCUCGGCGUGCUGUUCUACGGGGCCGAAGAGUACGGCAAGGCCGUCGACUGUUUCUCCGCCGCGCUGGCGUCUACGGAAUCCGGGUCUGUCAAUCAGCGGGACCAGGUCCACCUCCUCUGGAACCGACUCGGUGCUACACUUGCGAAUUCCGGACGGAGUGAGGAGGCGAUCAAUGCUUACGAGAAAGCGCUGACGCUGCGGACGAACUUCGUUCGUGCUAGAUACAAUCUGGGGGUUAGCUGCAUCAAUAUUGGCAGCUAUGAGCAAGCUGCCGAGCACCUGCUUGGUGCGCUGGCUAUGCACAAAGUGGUCGAAAAUGAGGGAAGAGAGAAGGCGAGAGAUAUUCUUGGUGGUGGUAGCGGAGGGAUAGGGGGGCAAGGCGGACUAGGCGUCACGGAGCAGGAGCUCGAGCGGAUGAUUAGCCAGAACCAGAGCACGAAUUUGUAUGAUACGUUACGACGGGUGUUUAGCCAGAUGAACCGCAGGGAUCUGGCGGAGCGGGUGGUGGUCGGCAUGGAUAUUGAAGGGUUCAGGGGGGAUUUUGAGUUUUAG